CUUUGCAUACGUUUAGAUCAGAUGAGAUUUCAGAUUAUAAUUUAAUAUCUAAUUUAAUAAAUAUUCAUCUAUAUGUCAUAUGUUCAAAACAUAUUAAUGGUCUAUUCAUGCAAAUAUCGAUCCACAAAGCUGUGAUAAUAUUAUUAGACUUAAUUGGUCGAACUGUAGUUUGGUUUCUAGUGUUAUACACAUAGUGUUGGACAAGUUAAUCCGAUUUAACCAAUCUGAAUCAUACUACUGAUGACUAGUAAGACACAUAUCUGUAGGAUUAAACUAAGGCGUUCUUUAAAAAAUGGUGAUUAGCUUAUUAUAUAUAUAUGUAAAUCAGUCAUUAAUGUUAACUAGUUCUGUAGUAGUUUAAGAUAUGGGUAUACUAUUUACUCCAAAAAAUGAUGAUCCAUAUGCUAAUAUUCCAAGUCAUAAGGCAUUUACCCGUACGUAUCUUUCGACAGUUACUGCAGACUUUGGUGGGGACAACUUCCUGACAUGCCCACUUGGUAUACUUUUCACACUCGGUAUCCUGUUAGGUUCUGGUGGUGCUCAAGGUAGAACAGGUUAUCAAAUUGGAAAAACAAUGAGACUGAAAUCGACAUCUUCUUCAUGGAAUUCUUCGGAAGCUCAACAAGAAAUGAAAUCAUUAUAUCAAGAGCUCAAUAACUCGCUUACUUCAGAAAAAACAUUUUUAAAUGAGAAAGAAGAAAGUGUUGUUAGAAUAUCAACAGGUAUAUUUGUACAAAAAACGUACGAAGUUGAAAGACGUUUUACCGAAAGUAUUGCAAAUGAUUUUGAAGGAGAAUUGAAACAGGUGGAUUUUUCUAAUCGAACUAGUGCUACAGUUGAUAUCAAUGAUUGGGUUGAUCAACAGUCUGAUGGUUUAUUGGAGAAAUUCUUUACAGAUGAUAUUCCAGAUGAUACUGCGAUGAUACUGGUAAAUGUUUUCUACUUUAGAGAUUUUUGGCAAAGUCCAUUUGAGCCUCAUUACACUAGAAAGGAGGAUUUUUAUAUUUCACCAGAUCGUCAAAUAACAGUUGAUAUGAUGACUCAAGAAGGAGUAAUGAAGUAUGGAAAAUUCGAAGAUGAAGGAUUUGAGAUCGUCAGUAAACCAUUAAAUAACACACGUUUCACAUUUGUUAUCGUGUUACCUCUUGAAAAGUGGUCGUUAAAUGGUGCCACAGAACUUUUGAAUGGCAAUAAAGUUUUAAGUGAAUACGUAAAGAAUUUGAAAGAAACUACAGUGUCAUUACGAUUACCGAAAUUCACAUUGAAAAAUACACUUGACCUUGUGCCAACAUUAAAGUCUAUCGGUGUUGUCGAUUUGUUUGAUCCAGUAAAAUCUGAUCUGUCAGGUAUCACACCUAAUCACAAUCUAUAUGUGAAUGAAUUUAUUCAAACAAAUGUAUUAAAAUUAAAUGAAAGUGGAAUUGAAGCAACCACUGUAACCUCACCUAUAUUUGUGCCUAUUUCAGCCAUUAUACCAGAAGUAGACUUUCAUGUAACUCAUCCAUUUAUAUGCUUUAUAUAUGAUCAACAAUUAACAAUGCCGAUAAUGGCAGCUAAAGUAAUGAAUCCAAUUUUACAAUCGUAGUGAGCCAAUCAUCAUUCUCAUUCAUAUAUAUUUGAUAAUUAAUUGAUUUCCACAUAAAUCGUUUGUUUUAAUACAGUGAAUUAUAUUACGAACAUUCGUUUUGUUCACUUUUCAGUGAUUAACAAAUAAAGAUCAUCCAUUUUUCUAAGCGUUUCUUUAUUUACAAUAUUAUUUACUGAAGUUGUACCAUUGUAAUUCUGUUCAGUUAACACAUGUAUAUGAGAAGGUAUUUCUUGUGGAAUUUUAAUAGCUGAGAUCAUGAAUCAAUUGAAGCUGGACUACCAUUGACAACCUGGAAGCACUGGACAGCCAUUUCAUCUUAUUGUGAGACUCUUCAGCAGUGCCCAUCCACGAUCUCGCCACGCGAGAUUCGAACCCUGGACCAAUCGGUCUCGCUCACGUACGCUUAUCAUCUAGACUACUGAUGCAGCCGGGAUCCAAUGGUGUUAAUGUGUAACUUCAACUAAUCCACGAAAUUAAACUUCAGUUAUUGCAGAAUUUUCAUGGUGAUCUAUCUUCAAUUGACUCAUGCCCUCAACCAAUAAAAUUGUAAUUCUAUUUAGUUAACGCAUAUUUAAGAGUGUGUUAAAAAACAGAGCUGUCUUGAACCCAAUAAAUAUCAAAUAUUGAGGAGUGAUUGAAUUAUUGAUGAGAUGUGUCAAUGGAUUGUAAGAAGACUUUGUUACAAAUUGUGGCAUUGUGCACUAUUAAUAUAUGACGUAAUGAUACCGCCAAUUAGAGAAAAGUGAGUUAUCGAUCGGACCAAAGAUGAGUAAAACCCGUGCGAGCAGUCUAUAGUUUUAUAGGUCCUGCUUCCUGCCUAGCCCUAUCUGUUGUGUCCAGAACACUAAUCGCAG